CACUUUGCGAGGGCCUUGGAGGUCUUGCAAGCCAGCCCAAUAUUGUGCUCCGCAAGCAGCGGCAGACGAAUCAUCGCUGCAUUCAGCAGCGCAGCAGAGCAUUUUCAUCAUAGCCUGCGACGUGUGAGCGUGUUUGGCAUCCAAACAAGACGAGCAAUCGAUCAAUCAAGCAGAGAGCUCCAAGAGAGCAGUGUGCACAGGAAGCCGCAGAGAUCAUUUAUUAGGAAAAUGUCCGCCAUCGCCGAAGCCCAAACCACGCCCCUCGCCGCCGCCAAGGACCUCAAGACGGCGAAAGCCCUCAUCGACGAGUGCUGCGCGAAGGACACCGAGGCCGACCGCCGCGGCAAAGCAGCCGAGGAGCUUCGAGCACUAGCGAGCAAGAACGCCACAGCUUUCACUGAAUUGCAACGGUCCCAGAUCGUGUCACGGAGCUGGCGGUUAGUAGCUGCGACGAACACCCCUGAUGAUGCCCCGGCGCUCUGCUCCGUGCGCGACGAAAGACGGGACGCCAUCCUCCCGCCCGUGCUCGAGGCGCUGUCGGAGAUCGCGUUGCUACGGUCACCGCCCUUGCUCGGCCAGCAGCUGUCGACGCUGCCGACGGUCAUGGCUAUUUGUAGACACUGCGGCCGCCCGGGCGCGCCGUCGGAGCGGGCCGCGCCCGAGCGCUUGUCGUUGCUCGCGGCGCUGCGGUGGCUCGCUGCGAUUAGCACGCACCCGGUCACCUCCCACCUAUUAAAGCAGGGCCUCGCGUUGCUCAUCGUCCAGUCUCUGUCACUAAGGACGGACCAGGACAUCCUCCUGCAGUGCUGCGUGUUGGCCGCGAACGUCGCCUCGGACGGCGCGAACCAAGCCGGAGAACUGUGUAGGGCCAAGGUGCCCCGGCUAUUGUCACGGUUACUCGUGGCCGACGGCCGCGCCGAGGUCAAGGAGCACGCCGUCGCGGCAUUAAAUAGAAUUGCGAAUGCAGCACGAGGCGAAGCUUUGGACGGCGAAUUAAUGAGCGGGCCCGUCGCGCUCGCUAGGCUUGCCGCGUCCGAUCGGCCGGACUGCUCGUCAGAAGGCGCCUGGGCGCUGCACGUCCUGUCGACCAAAGGCGGCGACAAGAUCGCCGCGAAGAUGGCGAGGACACCAGAAGUCAUGGCGAUCCUGGAGAAGCGCGCGUUCGAGCGCGAGACCGAGGAUGGGGACGUGGCCCUGGCGAACAAGGUCGCGCAGAUCACUCUUGAAGAUUUGACGAAGCUGUUGCACAAGGGCGCUGACGACAAGGGUAAGAGCAGUACCUAGUACGCCUCGAUG